AUGAAACAAGCAAUUUCAAAGUCAUCAUUAAGGAGGCUAUGUCCAAACAUCGAUAAAGAAGAUGGAUUGGAAACUGUUCUUGAAAUACCUAUACCUGAAGAAAUGUUUUCAAACAUGGGAAGUACUGUAACAUUAAGGUGGCAGAAUAUGUUAACAUGGAUGAAGGCUCAAACUGAAGAUAGAUUGUCUUCUCCUACGGUUACCGCACGUUUAAAUGAGCUUCGUUUUUUACUUUACCUUGUUGGUUCUCCUCUUAUACCCCUUCAAGUUCAAUUAGGUCAUUCCAUUCAUCGCCCCGUCAGAGAUUGUUCCAUUGAAGCAUCAACGGCAAAGUACAUAGUACAACAAUAUAUAGCAGCAACGGGAGGACAAGCAGCACUGAAUGGUGUGGAAAGUAUGUGUGUAAUGGGGCAAGUUAAAAUUACAGCAUCAGAUUUUCAUCAUACUAGUGAAACCGUUGAGGUUAAAAAAACCUCUGAAGAAAAUGGAGGAUUCGUUUUAUGGCAAAAAGAUCCAGAUUUAUGGUGCUUAGAGCUUGUUGUCUCAGGUUGCAAAGUUUGUUGUGGUAGCAAUGGUAAGCUUUCAUGGCGUCAUUCUUCAAACCAACAAACACCUAUUUCAAAAGGUGCUCCUAGACCUCUUCGUCGUUUCCUUCAGGGAUUGGAUCCAAGGGCUACGGCUAAUUUAUUUUUAGAUGCUGCAUGUAUAGGUGAGAAAAUAAUCAAUGAAGAAGAAUGCUUCAUUCUAAAACUCGAAACAAGUCCGGCAAUUCGUGAGGCUCAAAGUGGACCAAAUUUUGAAGUAAUUCAUCACACAAUAUGGGGUUAUUUUAGCCAAAGAUCAGGUCUCUUAGUUCAAUUUGAAGAUUCUAGAUUACUAACAAUGAGAACCAAAGAUGACACUGACAUUUUUUGGGAAACAAGUUUAGAAUCAGUAAUUGAUGAUUAUAAAUAUGUAGAUGGAAUAAAUGUGUCACAUAGUGGCACAACUCGUGUUACAGUUUCAAGAUAUGGAGAACAAUCAGCAAAUCACAAAAGGGAAUUGGAAGAAAGGUGGAAGAUUGAAGAGGUAGAUUUUAAUAUUUGGGGUUUGACUGCUGAAAGCUUUUUGCCUCCAUCAAACUUAGGAAAGACAUGA